ACUCCUGCUUUGUUCAACUGCUUCAGAUCGACACUGCUGCCCGCCUGGAUGCUUCUAGUAACAUCAAAGAAGAGGAAAGCUGUCACGGAGUAUUUAUCCUCUCGCAGUCCCACCCGUUUGCACGGCAUUGGCUAAUCCUUAGAGGCGAGAACCGCUUUGUGGCCCACUUUCCAGCUAUGGCCGCGCCCUCUUCCGCUAACGCAAGAAUCACGCUGGGGCAUAAAGCGAGGGGGUGGCGAGAGGCGGGCGCCUGUUGCUUGCGCACCCAAGGUGGGGCUACAUCGCUGGUUGCAGGCAUGGCAGGAAAAGCCCACAGACUAAGCGGUGAAGAGAGAGAACAGUUGCUGCCAAAUCUCAGAGCUGUGGGAUGGAAUGAGGUGGAAGGCAGAGAUGCCAUUUACAAAGAGUUCCAUUUCAAGGACUUCAAUCGAGCUUUUGGAUUCAUGACCAGAGUAGCUCUCCAGGCAGAGAAACUGGACCAUCACCCUGAAUGGUUCAAUGUUUACAACAAGGUUCAUAUAACCUUAAGUACCCAUGAGUGUGCAGGCUUAUCUGAACGGGACAUUAACCUGGCCAGUUAUAUAGAGCAAGUUGCAGGUUCUCUGUCUUAACUACAAAUCCAUGAGCUUGAAUCGAGGAGCCCCCCCCCACACACACACACGCCCUCUCUUGUGUCUGAAGAGCAUCUUGCCAAAUGGACUGUCUGAACAAAUGAUGUUGAUCUAAACAUUUGUUAACCCAGUAUCAGUAUUGUUGUUUCUUCUCAGCUAUAAAACUCACCCUUGACUAUACCCACCACAGUUGCCUUGGUUAAGGAAUCCAUACUGAACGGUUUUGCCCAAGCUUUUACAUUUUUUACCUUUGAAAAAACAUCUUGUGUGAAGUAAUUAUGUAACAACAUUGUAGUCUGUAGUUGUUCAAGCGAUGUUACAUCAGCACCCAGUCAAGGGAACAGUUGCAGAGUUACAUAAAUAAAAGCUAAAGACACAG